CCCGCCUGCCCGGCCGCGUCCGCCCGCUGCUGGCCGGGCCCCGCGGCGCAAGGCGGGGAAGUUCGCGGUGCUGCUGGGCUCGGGGCCCCGGCGCCAUGUGGGGCAGCGGGAUCCUCCCUGAGCUCGGGGACGGCGGCGGCUUGCGCAGCUACAAAGCCGGCCCAGAUUACUCCUCUGCGGGAUGGUUAUCUGGUACUGAAUCACUGUGGCAGACCACAACCAUUCCAUCGAGCAGCCGAAGUAACCAUAUCAGAAGACACAGUAUAGCUUCUGACAGCGGGGACACAGGCAUUGGUACCUCCUGUUCUGAUAGUGUGGAAGAUCAUUCAACGUCAAGUGGUACUUCCUUGUUUAAGCCCAGCCGAUCACUGGUCUCUAUUCCCACUGCCCAUGUGAUGCCGUCUAAUGCCAGCUCUUCACUUUCCAAACACAGGGAAGCUCUGAAGUCUGACUGCUCACAAUGGAGUACAAACCUUUUACGGUCAGGAGGAAGUCGAAAUCUGGACAUAGUGGACAAUUCUCUUGACAUGAAGGAUGUGAGGCCUGUAAGGAAAUGGUCGUCCUUGUCUAAACUCGGCACACCAGAUAGCUGCAGUCAGGAUGAAAGUGUCCUUUCAGGGGACUCCAGGUCUAGUACUGACAGAUCGGGGAGAGACAAGACCAUGUCACCACAAUUAAGAACAAAUGGGCCAAGUUGUUUGCAUAAUAGCAUGGAGUUGCUAAAAGUUGAGGACAAAGAAACUGGGAAAAAACGAUCUUCUACGUUGGAUUGCAAAUACAAAUUUGAAAGUUGCAGCAAAGAAGACUUUGGUGUUUCAGACACCUCAAAUAGGAGACAUGUCUUUGACAUGACCUACAGUGCCUUACCUGAAAGCAAGCCCAACUCAGCCAGCUGUGAGGCUUUUGGGCAUCGAUAUGCAACGCUGGGACAGCAGGCUAUGAACGGAGUACCCAUUCAGCCUUCAGUGAGGACUCAGAUGUGGCUUACAGAACAGUUGCAUGCAAAUCCUCUGGACUGUAGGACUGCUGAGGAGACAUACGGUUUGGCGGCUUGGCAGCUGCAGCAGCUUGAAGAUCUUACAACGGGAAAUGAGCACCCGAUGCAGGUUCUGACUGGAUCGUCUCGUCAAGGUUACACAGGUACAGGCUAUCAGGAUUUCAGUAAUUGGGAAUCCCUUAUGAAAAUCAAAGAAGGGUUGCUAAGACAGAAAGAAAUUGUGAUCGAUCGGCAGAAGCAACAAAUUAACAGUUUACAUCAGAAGAUACGGGAGAAUGAAUUACGGGCUCAACGUGCCAGGCUGAGCCAUCUUGUGAAUUGUGAAGAACCUUAUGUGACUAAUUUACAGCAUCCACAAUAUGAGAUCACAUCAUUGCAAGCUCCAUUUUCAGAAAGAUCGGUAUCCCACUGUGAGGAGCUUGAGCAAAAGCUUGCAUCAGUUGAGAAUAAGGAAAUGCAACUCAAUGAGUUUCUCAAGCAAAUUUCAAACAAAUCCAGUGAAGAGAAAAAGAAGAUGGAAGAGAAACUUAAAACCAGAGACAGAUACAUAAAUAGCCUGAAAAAGAAAUGCCAGAAAGAGUCUGAACAAAAUAAAGACAAACAGAGACGAAUUGAAACCCUAGAAAAAUACCUGGCUGACCUGCCAACGCUGGAUGAUGUAGAAAGGCAGAGUAAGCAGCUGCAUAUUCUAGAAGAGAAGAACAAACAACUCCAAGAAACAGUGACCGAUUUGGAGAAGAAGCUUGGAGAGACUAGAACACAGUGUAGGGAGAAAGAGCUGCAACUCAUGUGUCAGAAAAAGAAAGAAAAAGACCUGGUUACUACAGUGCAGAGUUUGCAACAGAAAGUAGAAAAAUGUCUGGAAGAUGGUAUCCGCCUCCCCAUGUUGGACACAAAACAGCUUCAGAGUGAGAAUGAAUGCCUCAAAGAAAAGAACGAGAAAGCCCACAAGGUUAUAGACAAUCAACAAAAUCAGAUAGCUGGGAUGAUUUUAGAAAUUCAGUCUAUGGAAGAAAAGCUUUUGCAAGGGAAACUGACAAUGCAGAAGAUGACAAAUGAGAUGGAAGAAAAAGAAAGGCAUAUACAGCAGUUAAAUAAAACUCUGCUUGAAAGCCAAAGACUAAUGGAAGAGAAUGCCUUUUUGAGGGAGCAGAUACGCCAGAUGGAACAGUCCAGACAGCCAGUGUCUCAAAAGAUGCCAGUGGCUGACCAGUUGUUCAAAGAAAUGUCUCAUUGUUUGUUUGACUUGAAAGCACUAUGCAGCAUUCUUACCCAGAGAGCUCAGGGCAAGGAGCCUAACCUCUCCUUACUGCUGGGAAUCAGAUCAAUGAGCUGUUCAGCUGAAGAGAAUGAGAAUUACCACAGCACAGAAACUCUCACCAAGAAACUCUCAGAGGUGUGUCAGUUACGGAAGGAUAUUGAUGAACUGAGGACUCUAAUAUCAGACCGUUAUGCUCAGGACAUGGGAGACAACUGCAUUACCCAAUGAUAACAUUUUGGUCUCACAGCAAUGACUACAUUAUUAAAUGCUGCUGUGUUACAGAUCUUUGCAUUUCUAUGAAGGAGCCCUGUGGGAAGACUGCAUACUGUAUAGGAGCUGCACAUGGGUGUCUCUGCUGGAUCUGAGGGUUGUGCAUAAUUAAUUUGGGGGAUGGUAGGGAAAUCAUAAUUCGAAGUGGUACAGAUCUCAAUAAAAUCUGUGUUCUCCAAGCUACUGAAUGUAGGACCAAGCUGUGAAGAAUGUUCCCAUUAGAGAUGUAGGAUUUUAUUUCCUCCCUCGUGGCUCAGUUAAACAAUUUGUAUGGUUAUAUUGUUUUCUGGAGUCAAAGCAAAGUCUCAGAAAAAGGCACUGUUGUUACUACUGUACUUACUUUCCUUCAUCAGCGGUUGGAAUUGCACUGUCAGAAUUGAAAGGCUGGAGUGACAGGUUCAAGCACCCAAAGGUAUAGAGAAAAAAAUGGACAGUGGAGCCAGAUGCUUCUGCAAAACACAUCAUGUUGGAAACGGCAAAUUGGGGUGGUCUUAGACUAUAACAAAAGGUGGUUGCUCUUUUUAUAAUUGCCUCGUGAAUUAGGUAAGGGAAAGAAGGGGUAGUUUUAGCAGCUGAUCCUGUUAAUUAUUAGAGUUUUUAUUUUAUCCAGCAACAGUCUAGGCAGACAAACUCUGUAUGUGAAUGUGGUCCCAUCAGAUUUAGAUGUUAACCUUCUUCAUAUCGCCAUCUUUUAACAUGUUGCUUAAAAACUUUGUUUCAGUAAUAUGAAGACUGUGUGACACAAACCCACGAAAGCCAGCAGCUGUAAGUCUUAAGACUGGCUUUCUGUCCAAAAAAAUGACACUGGAGACAUCUCAUGGUGUGUGUACUGUAGUUAUUUUCUAUCUACAACCUCUGUUUUAAAUGUGUUCAGCCUCUAUAUCAAACGCCCAAUCUUGCAGGCCUCCUGAAGGUAAUGAACACCCUAAAUCCAGUGGGUCAAGGAGGCUGGUUGGCACCGUGCAGCAUCUGGGCCCCAUACACAAUAUUUUCUGCCUCUCAGUGCUGAAAGCUCAGAAUGCUAUCCACAGACUCUCUCAUUUUGUGUGGUGUGCAGGACUUGUAGAUUUUUCCAGUCCUGUAGGAAAGGAUUACUUUUUAAAAAAUAAAGGAACACAUCAUUAUCCAGUGUAAGACUGCCCCUGCAGGAUAGAUAGAAUAUUAGAACUCCCGCAAAAAGAUUCUGUGAUCAGAAUUUAGCUGGGUAAUUGUAAAACAAGGAUACCGCUAUUUCACUGGAGACAAACACAGCGAAUAAAUUCUGCCUUCAAAUGCUGACCUGACCAAAAUGGCUGUCAAGCUGCAUUAUUAAUGUUAAACAGACAAUGAGAAAUAAUCAUAAAAGGCUACAAACACAUUUAAAAUUGAAAAAGUUUUGAGAGCAAAUAGCUGCAGCUUGCUUGUGCAGUUAUUACAGCUGACAGUACAGUGCUGACAGCAUUAGAUAUCUUUUGUUAGUAAGCUUAUGGGCAAUGACAAAGUGGGCUGGAAGACAGCAAACUGUAGUAAAGGAAUGGCUAUUUUCAGUUUUUCUGACUAUCUAUAUUUAAUUUUCACUGUUUGUUUAAAACAGAAAAAUAGCUUAAGAAUAACGUGGAUUGACAUUGCUGAUUUUAAUGUUGACAUUUUCAGCUUUCUGUUUUGUGUUAAAGUGUUUAAAUGUCAUUGUUAUGAACUUAGAAAAGACUGACCAGAAGAUUUUUAAAUGACUAACUAUUACAUGGGUUUAUUUAUUCAACAGGUCUUGCUUGCUAAACUGUCCCUACACCUGGCCUAGGUCUGUGAAAAUCUAUUUUAGUGUUUAUAUUAAUGGUUCUCAGUAUUUUUCAAGUGCAGAUUUACUCAGACUGAAGCAGCAACUUUGGGAGCAUUAAGUCUUCCAUCCUUACAACUGAACAGCCUAAUCUUUACAUUUUAAAAAAAUCAGCCUAUGAAAGGGAAAUGUAUUCCUGUUUUAAAUCGCGUGGGCACAUAUUGGAGGGAUAGCGUAGUGUUAGAGAAGGGAACAGCAGAUUCUGUUUUUAUCUGAGCCAGGUCCUCCCUGUGUGAUGCUCAGCAGGUCACUUAAUCUCUGUACCUCAGUUUCCCUAUCUCAAAAAUGGGGAUACUGCACUGGGGAGUUUUGAUUAAUGUUUAUAAAGCACUUAGAGAUCCUUGGAAAGAAGUUGCUAUGAUUCAAAAGUAUUAUAGAAAGUUCUCCCAGUAUGAAAGUCUUGAUUUUUUUUUAGUUGCACUAUUGUGAAUGAUACUGUAAUUCUGCAUCUUUUCUCUUUGGUAUAUUAGAGCGCCAAUUGUAUUUACAUUAAAAUACAAGAGCACUUGAUUUUUAAAGUAACACACUGAGUUUAUCUGCCUCAGUCAAAUUAAAGCAGGGAGAGAAAUGGCAGAUGUGAUGAGCCAAAGAUACAAAUUACUGAUAAGGUUAGAAUUAAGUGCCCACAAGAAUAAGUAUUUUUCCUUUUCUUUGAUUUCUUAGAAUUGAGCCUGCUGUUGUAGGAGCUAUUGCUAUAUAUGCAUCAAUUUACAGAUGUCUCCAAACAGAAUAAGCUUUGUCUAAGUAAGAUAUGCAUGAUUGUUUAACUGGUUAAAAAGUAGAGCGUGUGUGGUCUCAUUUGACAUAUUUAAUUUGAUAUGGUUGAUUAACAAAUGUUAACAGUGGCAUUACUGAAACUGAUUUAGUCAUGACAACUUUUUGCCAUAACUUAGAGACAAUCUCAAGGGCUAAAAAAAGUCUGAGUGGAUACUGUACCAUUUUGUCUAUUAGUGGACUUUCAGAGAAACAAGUACAGUAAUUUUGUACAGUUUGUCUGUCUAAUUUCUCCAAUCCUUCAAGUGAUACUUACAGUAAAUAACUACUGUAUUCAAGAAUGUAUUUUGAAAAUGGCAUAGAAAGGAGUUGUCUUUGGGUAAGCUAUAGAAGAUGCUAUGUAUUUACUGUUUAUAAUUAGUUCAGCUCAAUUGUAUAAACUUAACUUAGAUUCUUAGCCUCAGAUGUGUAGGUUUGUAGUGAUGUGGUUCUGUAAUUUGAGGUUGCUGUAACCACCAACUCAGGCGACAUUUUAAAACUGCCAGUAGUGUAGCUGUAAGAGCCAAAGUUAUUUUGCUCUGCUCAUUUCUGAAGAUUUCUUACCACUUUUAGUUAGAGGGGAAAAUAAUCCUGCUUUCUACUUUAAAGAUAAGAGGGUGCAAGGAAGGAUGGAAAUCUCUCUUCAGGUACCUGACACCUGAAUUUUGCCCUCACUUAUGUCCAUGUACCCUCAAUGACAUAAGUGGGGUUGCAUGGGCAUAACUGGAAUUAGAAUUUGGUUGUUUUAAUAGAAUUGGAAUACAACAGGUUUUUCUGCUGCGUGGGGAAAUAUUUAGAUUGAUUCAAACAAUCAACCAACAUUUUUAAAAUAUGAAAACAAAACAGUGGCUAUUGACAAUUAUAUAAAUGGAUUUUAUAUGACUAGCUGAUCAGCAGUAUUAAAUCCACUGCUGCAUACCUUUGUGCCUUUUGUUGCCUACAGUAAAUGUAUAUAGUCCCAAUGAAUUUUACUUGAGCUAGAAGAAUGUCAAUAAUUAUUGCACCUUGUUUGCUUGAACUACGGAUCUUUUGGUUUUAGGCUUUGAUAGUAAGGAGUCUCUUACGUACUAUCUAGAAAUAUGUACUAAAUGCUAUAGGUACUAGGCCUACAUCUUGUAAGUUAGAUGAUUUUUAGCAGUCCAGUUUUUCUGUACAGGAAGAGUGAGAGGGAAAUUAAUCAGAAUGAUAAUUUUGUAUAUAUUAACGACUGGUAAUCGGUGGGGAGGGGGGGCUGAGGCUACCUUUUAAAAGCACAGCUGACAUAUGUACUGGCUCAGUCCCCAAAGGCUGGUAGUUAUGUAAAUUGGGUUCUGUUUUUGAACCGCCCAGAAUACCUCAUGUGUAAAUAGAGUUGUCAUGACUUAAUCAAAAUGCAUUCAGUGUAAAAAGUAAAGGAGCCACUGGGUGGCUCACCUUUAGCUCUGUUGUUGCCUCUUUUUGUAAUUUUUUUAUAGUAGGGUUUACAGCUAGAAUUUUGAAUGCCAAAGUUCUAUUUAUUAAAUAAUAAGUUUUCAUUGUUAACGGCUAGUAUUUUUCCACUGGAAUUUUGUUUGUUGAUGUUUGGGAUUUGUAUCUACAGAGCAAAAAUAAAUUUUGUUACAAAAUUA